AGUAGCCCUGUUUAUAGACUCCAAACAUUUGAAUGCCAGUGGGAUCGGGGCCAGUACAUACUUACUUAGCCUGAAUAUCCCAGUACUCUCACAGCAUCAAGCAUCCCGUCGUCAUCGUCAGGCCCCUGUCUUCCGUCUUGCACACCAUGGCCUCUCUGGGUGAAAUAUUCUGGUUCCUCCUCGAUCCAUGGCUCUUUAUGUCCCAAGCUCUCCUAGUCCUCCCGUCCACAAUCCUCCACCUCGUCCGCCAGGGCCAGUUCACCACUCUGUUCUCCCCGUCCAAGCUCCAGUCAGCCUGGUUCAGCACCUUCUGGGCGACAGCCGGCCCCGGCGUCCGGGAGACGGGCGAGGCGCGCGUGAUCCCCCUGCUCGAGGGCCACGUCGCCAAGGGGAACGUCGUUACGGAGCGGCAGCACGAGAGCAUCAGCGGGACGGUGAUCGAGGUGGGGCCGGGCACCGGGAUGUGGGUGUCGGUGUUCUCGAAGCUGCACACCGCGGGGAAUGGAAUCACCAGGAUCUAUGGUGUUGAACCUAACACGGGCGUCCAUGCCGCGCUGCGCGAGAAUGCCGCUGCUGCGGGCCUGCAGGACACGUACCAGGUUGUGCCCCACGGAAUCGAGGACCUGGCCAAGUCUGGGAGCGUGCCCAAGGAGAGCGUCGAUUGCAUCGUGUCAAUAUUGUGCCUCUGCAGUAUUCCUGAUCCUGAACAAAAUAUCAAGGAGCUGUUUGGAUAUCUGAAGCCUGGCGGCAGGUGGUACGUGUAUGAACAUGUCCGGUGUGAGAGCGAGAGGAUGAGGGAGUGUGGCUUGUUUAUGCGGGUGUACCAAGCCCUUGUAAACAUCUUCUGGCCAACUGUAAUAGGCGGCUGCGAGCUGUGCCGGAACACGCCAAGGAUGCUCAGAGAAGCCGGCCCGUGGACAAAGAUCGACCUCGAGCAGCCCGGUGGCGAGCCAUGGUAUCACCCGCUCCCUCAUAUUCUGGGCGUUUUAACAAAAUGAGAUUCUCCUGCACCUAGGCCGCUCAUAGUGCGGUGCCCAAGGCUAGUAGCCGCAUGCCAGAGGCUCGGCUCUGUGAUGGCCUCGCGGAGGGCAUCAGACGACGGCCUGGCUGUUCGUUGCGGUCUCAUGAUGGCCCUCGCUUGCCAGGUUUCCGAGGUUGGCCGUCAGUUUUUGCAUGCGGCCGGCUUUUGUAUCGACUGUCAAAACUCGAGUCGAAGAUGGAAAUUGUGCCAAAAAGGCCCGUGUCUGGGACCGAGGAGGAAUGGUUCCAUGCUGGAGGAAGGACCUUUUCGAAUGUCAAAUGGUACGCGGUAAUUCACGGACUUGGACGUUGC